GGAGUUCAUGAGUCAGAGAGAGAACGGUGCUGAGCCUGGCAGGCAGUGAGCGAGCCUCUCAGUCAUUGUGGGCCCUGAGGAAGCCUAAGGUAAGAAGAGAAUUCCUUGGGGAGCAGCUAUCACGAAGGGCAUUAUCCCAGCUACAGGAUCAGUGUAUCAGGUCUUCUCCUUCUUCCGCAGGAUGAUGCUGUUGAAGAAAGGGAGGCUGCUGAUGUUCCUGGGUUCCCAGGUCAUCGUUGUAGCUCUCUUCAUCCAUAUGUCCGUCCACAGACACCUUUCCCAGAGGGAGGAGUCCAGGAGGCCCGUGCAUGUGCUGGUGCUGUCUUCCUGGCGGUCAGGAUCCUCUUUUGUGGGACAGCUUUUCGGGCAGCACCCGGAUGUGUUCUACCUGAUGGAGCCUGCCUGGCAUGUGUGGAUGACUUUCACCAGCAGCACAGCCUGGAAGCUGCACAUGGCUGUGCGGGAUCUUCUGCGUUCCGUCUUCCUGUGUGACAUGAGCGUCUUUGAUGCCUACAUGAACCCAGGCCCCCGGAAACAGUCCAGCCUCUUCCAGUGGGAGCAAAGCCGGGCCCUGUGCUCAGCGCCUGUGUGUGACUUCUUCCCUGCCCACGAGAUCAGCUCACCCAAGCACUGCAAGCUGCUCUGCGGUCAGCAGCCCUUUGAUAUGGUGGAGAAGGCCUGCCGCUCUCACGGCUUCGUGGUACUCAAGGAGGUGCGUUUUCUCAGCCUGCAGGCCCUCUAUCCACUACUCACGGACCCUUCCCUCAACCUGCACGUCGUGCACCUGGUCCGAGACCCCCGGGCCGUGUUCCGAUCCCGGGAGCACACCACCAUAGAACUCAUGGUUGACAGUCAUAUUGUGCUAGGGCAGCAUUUGGAAACGAUCAAGGAGGAAGACCAGCCCUAUUAUGCCAUGAAGAUCAUCUGCAAAAGCCAGGUGGACAUAGUCAAGGCCAUCCAAACCCUCCCUGAAGCUCUGCAGCAGCGCUACCUGUUCCUGAGGUAUGAGGACCUGGUUCGGGCACCCCUGGCCCAGACGACCAGACUAUAUAAAUUUGUGGGGUUGGAUUUUUUGCCCCACCUCCAAACAUGGGUUUACAAUGUCACCCGCGGCAAGGGCAUGGGUCAGCAUGCCUUCCAUACUAACGCCAGGAACGCCCUCAACGUCUCUCAGGCGUGGCGUUGGUCCUUACCUUACGAAAAGGUUUCCCAGCUUCAAGAUGCCUGCGGUGAGGCUAUGGAUUUGCUGGGAUACCUCCAGGUCAGAUCUCAACAAGAACAAGGCAACCUGUCCCUGGAUCUUCUGUCCUCCUCCCAUAUCUUGGGGCAGGUCUUCCGAGAAGGUUAAGGAGGUCUGUCUGCACCCCUUGGUUCCAGCCUUAGUCACCAUUAAACGCACAGAAGCCUUAAGGUAUAACCAAACUGAGUGCCCCUUUCUCCUCAGCCCCAAGCAGAGGGGUCUUUGUGUCUAUACUCAUGUCUACCCUACAACUGAGCCUAAAAAGCCAAGAAACAGUAUCUUUCUGUCUUGAAAAUACUUAGGAACCUUAAGCAGCCCCUUUGACCUGUCAAGCAAGACUUUCUUGUAACCUUGGCCUUCUUACCUGUGCAUACCUUGGAGACUACGGUCUGGAGGCAUACUGGACACAGCAAACAGCAUCUGUGGAGUGUGUCUGUAAACCUCCCUGUCCACAUCUUUCCGAAGAGAAAGGGGAGAAUAAAAGCCAAGGAAACGCGGCUCUUACCAAAGAGCUCCCAGAAACUUCCACAGAGACAUAGACCCUCAAAGUUUCCAGAGGAUUUGAGGAAGCAGGAGCGGGGGUGGGUGCUUAUCUGUGAAUCUCUGCCCAUUGUCACUAUCAGUAAUCAGAAACAGGAAGCAAACAACACAACAGGGGCAGAGCUCAAGUUCAAGGCGUGUCUGGUAUGGAUGGCAUCUCUCCUCAGUGUUUUCCUGGCAUUCAGGAUGCUGACCUGUGGAACGGCCCCGCAGUAAAACUAUAUCCUCAGCUUCUGUC